AUGCCCUUCAAAGUAUCCCGCGGAGGUUCUCGAUGCAUCCACGUGUACAUUUCGUGCUUCGGACCUGCUGCAAGCCUAUUGGACUGUGCAGGGAAUCCGAAUCAGCACGGAACGCACCCGAAACGUGUCCGCCUGCGCCUGCUGCGCCCUACUCCUCUGGAGUGCGCUAUUAACGCAGUAGCUCGGACUGUUCUUCGGUCUGUCAAGAGCCACGAUUCCAGCUCGCGAUCUCUCUGUCUGCUCCAAGCCGCGAAUUUGCACAUCACCGUGCUUCAAAACCUCAAGAAAGGUCGAGUUUGGCAGCGAGCAAGCCACACCAGACGCAUUUUGACCAUGGCCCAAUCAGCGCUCUCCGCAGUGGCCUCGCUUUGCGUAGCGCCGUCAACGGCGGCCCUGCCGCUCGCCGGCGCCUCGGUUAAAGCGCGCCGUCAUUCUACCAAGAGAACACCUUACUCCCUCCACGUCCGUGCUUCCACCAACCCCUCGUCCUCCUCCCCCUCCUCCUCCUCCGCCUCCGCCCCCGCCUCUGCUGCAUGCCACCCGCUCGCCCGCUCCCUCACGGCAGCAGCAGCGGCAGCUCUCGUCCUGCUGCCCUCCGCGGCCCUUGUUCUCCCACAGCCCGCCGUUGCGCUGAGUGAGCGGGAGCGGUACGAGCAGCUGGACAGCAACUUCCUCAGCUCGCCCAUUCUCAAGCAGCUGCUCAAGCAGAGCGAGGAGAACCGCGAGAAGAACCGGCAAGAGAUUGAGAACAAGUACUGCCUGCGCGGCGCUGAGUGGGGAGUGGGCGACUGUGCGUUGGGUGACGACAUUUCUGCGGAGGAGAAGAAAGACUAUUUGGAGGCUUUGAGAGAGAUUGUGACAAAGCAGGCUGCUGAGUAG